AUGAGAUCGGUCUCCCUUCUUACCCUCGCCACGGCGGCUCUCAGCAGCACCGUCACCGCCAUCAGCGUCACCGGAGCCGCAGAAGGAUUCGCUAAAGGCGUAACCGGUGGUGGCAGCGCCGACCCCGUCUACCCGGACUCCAUCGACGAGCUGGUCUCGUACCUUGGGGACGACCAGGCGCGUGUCAUUGUCCUCACCAAGACCUUCGACUUCACCGGCAGCGAGGGCACAACGACCGAGACCGGCUGCGCACCCUACGGAACCGCCUCCGGGUGCCAGGUCGCCAUCAAUCAGAACGACUGGUGCACGAACUAUCAACCUGAUGCUCCAUCCGUGUCUGUUACAUAUGACAACGCCGGUAGCCUCGGUAUCACUGUCAACUCCGACAAGACCAUCCUUGGCCAGGGCGACGCCGGUGUCAUCAAGGGCAAGGGUCUGCGUCUUGUUAGCGGUGUUAGCAACAUUAUUAUCCAGAACAUCGCAAUCACCGACAUCAACCCCCAGUACGUCUGGGGUGGAGACGCCAUCACCCUGAACGACGUUGACCUCGUCUGGAUUGACCACGUUACUACCGCCCGCAUCGGCCGCCAACACAUUGUCCUAGGCACACAAGCCGACAAUCGCGUGACAAUCUCCAACUCCUUCAUCGACGGCGAGACCUCCUGGUCCGCGACCUGCGACGGCUACCACUACUGGGGCAUCUAUCUCGACGGCUCAAACGAUCUCGUCACCCUCAAGGGUAACUACAUCUACCACACCAGUGGACGUGCCCCCAAGGUUCAGGGGAACACGCUUUUGCAUGCUGUCAACAACUACUGGUAUGACAACUCCGGCCAUGCUUUCGAGAUUGGCUCUGGUGGUAUGGUUCUUGCCGAGGGCAAUGUGUUCCAGAACAUCGGCACUGUUGUGGAGGAUCCCAUUGAUGGACAGCUCUUCUCCUCGCCUUCGGCUUCUGCGAACGAGGUCUGCUCGACAUACCUUGGCCGCACUUGUGAGAUGAACGGAUUUGGAAGCUCUGGCACUUUCAACCAGGCUGACACCGACUUCCUCGCCAACUUUAAGGGCAACAACAUUGCCUCUGCCUCUGCCUACUCUGAGGUUGUGGCCAGCGUGUCUGCUUCCGCCGGUCACGGCACCAUCUAA